AUGGUUGGCCAUCUUGUUGCUCCGCAUCUGGCGUAUCGGCCGAUUGCGCUCCUUUCUAGUAUUGGCAAGAUUUUCGAACAGAUCAUGGUCAAGCAUAUUAAAGACUUUGUUGCAGAAUCCGUUUCAAACAAGAAGCCAUUGCUUCCACUGAUGCAGUUUGGAGGGCUGGUUGGCAGAUCAACAACAAUGGCACUGCAAGCUUUGACAAACUUUGUUUACACCGGUUGGGCCAGUGGUAACAAGCGGAAAGUCUCCUUGUUGGGUCUGGAUAUUUCUGGAGCAUUCCCUCGCGUCAACCGCCGUAAGCUUCUCAGGACCUUGGUCCAGAAGGGCCUGCCGGGCUACAUUAUCAAGUUUGCAUGA